AUGGCUGCUGCUCCGCUCCGCUCCGUACUCCUCCGCAAUGGCCUUCUGCCCUUGUUCGAAACCUGCCGCCUACGAGAUCUCCUCUUCUUCUCCUCCUCUGUUGACACUGCCGCCGCCGUAGGCGGCACCAUAUCUCGAGAUCCCCACUUCAUGGUGGAAUACCUCGUGAACUCCUGCGGGUUCUCCCCCUCCGAGGCAGCCAAGUUCUCUGAACCCCUUGCGCACCUCCGAUCCACCGAGAAACCCGACGCCGUCCUUAACUUCAUGAGAUCUCAGGGCUUCGAUGGCGCCGGUAUCAGGAAGGUGAUAUCUGGGGAUCCCAGACACUUAUGCUACAACGUGGAGAAGAACCUCGCCCCGAAGUUUCAGUUCUUACGCGAUUUGGGUCUAUCGGAGUCGGAUAUCGUCGAUGCCAUCCUGAAGAACAAUGGCAUCCUCCGCCUCGACGUUCACCGUUCCUUGGUCCCCAAAUUGGAGAUGUGGGAAAGUCUCUUGGGAUCGAGAGAGCUCGUUCUCAAGCAUCUCAAGAAGACCCGAUGGUUUUUCUUCUCCAGCGUUGAGAAUAGAUUGCAUCCUAACCUAAAGUUCUUGAGGGAUGAGUGCGGCAUUCCUGAAGAAAUGGUCUCUGUCGUCUUGAGAAGUAACCCACAAUUAAUCUCACAGAAACCAGAGUCUCUCCGAGCUUUGGUUGCGAGAGCCGAUGAGCUGGGGAUGCCACGGCAAUCUCGGAUGUUCAUGUGGACACUUGAUGUUUUCCACAACGUAAGCAAAGAAAAGUUCGAGUCCAAGGGCGAGCUCAUGAGGAGCUUCGGGUGGUCGGAGUCGGAGUUUUCUUCUGCAGUCAUGAAAAAUCCCACCUUCUUAUGCAUCUCCCUCGAUAUGUUGCGCAGAAAAGUGGAAUUUUUUAUUAAUGUAGUCGGGUACACCCCUUCCUUCAUCGCCUCCCAUCCAAAUCUCUUGCUAUCAAGUCUGCAGAAGACGGUAAUUCCUCGGUUUCGUGUUUUGGAGAUGUUGAAUACGAAAGGCUUGUGGACUCGACGAGGCACGUUUUUGUCCUAUGUGACAUUAUCAAAUACAAAAUUCAUGGAGAAGAUUGUUCUACCCUACAAAGAAAAGGUUCCUGAGCUUCGUGAUAUUUUGAGAGCAGGUGAGUGUGAAGGGAAAUGA